AGGAACUUUUAUAAAUUACAAAAACAAGCGGGCCUUUAUAAAAUGUGUAUAUCUCUGCGUUUUAGGGUUUUUUUUUUGUGUUUUUAUCAAUUGAAGCGGCCAAACCGAAGCUAUCUGCGUUUUAGUCGAAGGUCCUCUUCCAGCAAUAACCAUGGGGAAGACACGUGGAAUGGGAGCUGGUCGCAAGCUGAAGUCCCACCGUAGAAGGCAAAGGUGGGCUGAUAAGUCAUAUAAAAAGUCCCAUCUUGGCAACGAAUGGAAGAAGCCAUUCGCUGGGUCCUCCCAUGCAAAGGGCAUUGUUCUUGAGAAAAUUGGAAUUGAGGCUAAGCAGCCAAACUCUGCUAUUAGAAAAUGUGCCCGAGUUCAACUGAUUAAGAAUGGAAAGAAGAUUGCUGCCUUUGUGCCCAAUGAUGGUUGCUUGAACUAUAUUGAGGAGAAUGAUGAGGUGCUGAUUGCAGGAUUUGGUCGUAAGGGGCAUGCAGUUGGAGAUAUUCCGGGAGUUAGGUUUAAGGUUGUGAAGGUGUCUGGUGUGUCUCUGCUGGCUCUCUUCAAAGAGAAGAAAGAGAAACCAAGGUCUUGAACUCCAGUGAAGAUGGAAUCCUGUGAGCAGAUUUUCUCCUUCAAUUGCUCUUUGUUUGUUUGUUUGUUUUUUUUGUUGUUGAAAAUCAUUUUAUCAUUCUCUUAAAUGAGUUAGGCUUUGUUUUGCGGCACUAUUAUGAGACUAAAAUAGAAACUUCAAUUUUCUCUUGCUGAACUGAAUUAAAGGGUGACUUGUAUAAUAAAUUAGUUUCAUAAAAUCUCUGGUUCUACAAAUUUGGAGGGGUUUUAAUUU